UGUGAAUUAUGAAAAGCGGUGUAUUCUUAAUCUCUUUUUCCACUUCAACAUUGUGGUAUGUUGACAUUGCAUUUCUAAAUAUAUUCCAGGAUUUCCCAUUUGAGGACGGCAUGUUGCUGAAAGUUAAAUAUCGCAAUGUGAAGAAGUAUAUCAGUUGUCACUCAGCCGUGACCUAUGUGGACUUCAUCAGUAAAGUGAAAGAAAAGUUUGGGCUUCCUGAUGGCACUGAGCUUGAGGUGUUCGAUGAUGCAGAUACAGCAGUUGACGAAGACAUCAUUUCAGAACUAUUGGAGUCCAAUCCAGGUCUUUGCUUGACAGUUCGUGAAAAAACUUCAGAUGAAGAUUUCUUUCCUUUAGACCACUCAACACCUUCUACUUCAGCAUCUUCUCUCACGGACACCUUGUCCUUUUCAUCAAGCGACAGCGACCUAAGAGAAAAGAGUCUUUCUACAGGUUGUAGUAGAGAGAACAAAGACGGAAGCCCAUCUGUGGUGAAAGCUCCCCUGUCAGAGACCGCAAAAGAGAUGGUCAAAAAUGCCUUGCUUCGGAAAUCUGGAGGAGAGGACAUUCUUGAAGAGUAUAAAUCAGAAAACACGCUGAAGCACCGCACCAGGAGGCAGCUUGUCAACAUACUGGCAAGUGAUAUGACUGAGAGACAUGGCCGGAUUCCCUCCCGUCAACAGAAGGAGAAGUAUGCGCUGGGAAUCAUUUCACUUUUUCCUGCACUUAAGGAUCCAUUCUCACCAAAAGGAUAUGAGCAUUUUUAUGAUGCACAGAAAGGUACUGGAUAUUUGGCGUGGCGUCUGAAGACAAUGAGCAGGACUACAGCAAAGAGGCCAGCAAAGGAGCCAUCAUUGCCUAAAGACCAAGGGCCAAAACGGAGAAGACAAGUGACAACACUGCCUGAGCAGCUAGAUGGUGACGACUGCAGGGAAGCCAUUUCGUUUCUUAUUCACACCCCUGAAGAAGCAAGUGUGCUGGAGAAAAUGAAGAUGACGUUUCAAUAUCGGCAGGACUUGGUGCAUGACCCAGAAAGAAGCGCGGAUGUCUUCAAAACAUUCCCACGUUUCCUGGAUGUAAAAGGACUCGUAAAUCAAGACUUCAACCUGCUGUUUGGUGCUGAAACAAGUUCCAAGUUGUUGAACAAGUGGGACACAACAUUCAAGCUGAAGAUCAUCAAAGAGGCCACCCAGCUGACUCCAUCAACUGAUCUGUGUCGUCUGGUAAAAGCGGCUGAGAGACACCCACAGAGUGAUGAUUGGGACAGUGACAUGGCCACACUGCUGUUGCUACUUCAUCUUUUGCCUCCCACGGCUGGACGCAAGAAGACCAAGAUCAGCCCAACUGAUGCAGCUGAUCGAAUGGUGCUCUUCCACAAGUCAUGCAGCAGCAUUGAUGAACGUCUAAAAGAAAGAGAAGGAAAGCAGCCAUUCAUCCUUGCGGUUGGCCGUACCCGUAACAAGAUUGACACCUACUAUGUUGCCGUUGACAAACAGCUCAUUCCAUGCCACCACACCAGCUCACUGAGUGCGUUUGACGAACUUUUCAAGUGUCACUACGUCUUCAACCUCUCGUAUGAUGAGUCCCUGGUCCAGCUGUACACUUUUGUACAGACCACUGUAUUCAACAUCGAUGUUGCCUCCACAGACGAGUCACCGCGUGUUCGUGAGUUGCGUGCCAAGAUCUUGAAUGACAAUGUUUAAAUGUUUUAUCUGUCAAGCCUUGCAUACCACCAGUAAGGCCUUAAUAAGCCACUUGCGGAUAGGACACAGUUUUUACCCAAGCACCAAGUUCAAAUUGUCUUGUUCCCAGGACGCCUGUCGGCGUCAGUUCAGUACAUAUGCAGGUUUGAUGAAGCAUUUAAAUACUGUUCAUGGUAACGAUUUCUGUCACGGUGAUGAUGCA